UCAGUGCAAAAAACCGGCGCGUUGAGGAGCGUGAAAAUAACGUGAACAGCGUCGGCAGAUUUUGGGUGUAAAUUCUUUAGUUUAUCGAUAAAAUUGCUACACUAGCACGAAACGCACCACCGAGUGAACAGCAUGUCGUCCGACAUCAGUCUAGAGCUGGUGGAUGUGUUGCCGUACACGCGCGAACAGUGCACCGCCGCCGAUGGCUCGGACACGCAAGAAAAAUGUGGCAUACUGGAGAGGAGUGCAAUCGCUUGGUAUGCGCGCGGAUCCGUCCUGGAAGUGUUUAACAUCAACUCCACCUAUAAGGUUAUUUCACACAAUUUCCAUCCAUUCACAAGCAAAUCCAAACCAUGCACAGUGCAAUGUGUGGAGGAAGUGGACGCUUUCGGAGGCAAGCUACUGGCGGUCGGACUGCGCCUCGGCAUCGAACAAUCACAGAUAGUGUUUCUGACCGUGCGAGGCGGACGCGAGGUUGGACGGAUCGAUGUGCAGGAGGAUGUGAAGCUGCUGCGCUACCUCGAUCCCAACUCGUGCUCCAACGGGCUGCUGAGCAAGUAUCAGGGUUGCAUAGCCGUCGGAACGGAGGAUGGGAAAGUCAUCCUGGUGGACACGUGCUUCAAGCGAGUAAAAACCGCUUUCGGGGUGGAAAUAGCAAUGAACGAACCCGGCAAGCGCCAGUGCCACGUUGAGUUUUCGCGCGCGGACCUUAAGCAGCUGAUGCAGAACCAGGAAAAGAUCCAGGAGCGCGGGCUGUACUUUGGCCUGCAGCUGAGCCACCCGGAGGAAGCUUCGGUUGAGUGCAUUCUGGACAUUGUACCGCUGAAGGUGGCCUGUAUCGGGUUCGCCGACGGUACCGUGCUGCUGUGGGAUCUGGUCGAUCACUCCAUCAUGCAUCGCAUCGCCCCACCGACCGGCGACUGUUCCGUGGCGGCACUGAACUACGUGGAGCCGAGCGACGACCCGAAGGCGUGCCUGUACCUGUGGAUCUUUUACGAACACGCGGAGGAGGGUGCGUUUGCCUUUCUGCACAUGAUCAUGUGCGAGGAAAAGUACAGCCAGCAGGGCACGUUCGUGUACGACCAGUUUCUGUCCUGCUCGGCGCGGCUCAACCUCACCAGCUACGAUCCGGGCAGCGUGCCGCUGAACGUGCAAACCGUCACGAAGAAGGUGUCCCAGGAGGACGAACCGAUCACGCUGAGCGUGCUGAGCUGGUUGGGCUCGAACGGCACGACGACGGUGCUGGUGUUCGAUCUCAACCAGUGGUACAAGGCGGAGAUGCCGUACGAGUGCGACUGGCAGCAGGAGUUAACGCACACGGUUGUGUUUCAGCUGAAGGAGGGCAGCUUUCACGCCCGGCUGAACGAGCGGUCGUUGAUGCUGUUCCGCUCGAUACAGCGACCGGAAGAACAUUUCUAUCCCAGCUCGUUGGGAUUCGAUAUUAAAAACUUUAAUGGAAUCAAUUGCAGCACGUACCGCUGGAUCGGGCUGCAGAACAAGCUGCUGCAGUAUCUCGAGCAGGACGGUGCCAAUGCCGUCAUACAGCCGGCCGCCCUGUACGGGAUGCUUUGCCGGGCCGCCCUGCUACCGCAGUUCCACGAACCGAUCUCACCCUCGGAUGGGAUUGUGCGCGAGCAGCGCGAGUUUGUGCUCUCGCUAGCGCUCGAAUACAACUGCCACACGUUUCUGCAGAGCUGCAUUGAUCUGUGGGCCGACGGCAGUCACCUGGGCGCGGAACCCGACCAGGGCGUGUCGCUGUCGACGGUGACGGACUGGAUUUGGAACCGGUCGAAAGCGCUCAAGUCGGUGGGCAAUCGAAUGCUCGCCCUGCUUAUGACGGAGCAAACCGGGCGCAAGCAGGACUGCCGCACGCAGGACGCCCUGUCGCAAUGCACCCGGCAGAUGAAACAGCUGGCGGAGCUGUACCAAACGAUCAUGAAGGAGUGUUUGGAGUUUAUACCGGAAAAUGUUCUGGAACGUCUCACGAAGGAAUCGGCCACAAUAUCGGCAGCCGCGCAAUAUCAGAACAUUCUGCAGUGGCUACUGUACGUUGGCAUUUUGCCGGAAGCGAACGAGUUGGACGAGGAGGAGCGUGGUAACGAUGGGUCGCAGCUAGUUCCCUACCCGUACACACGGCUCACCGAAUUCUAUCGUCAGCGGCGGCGCAUGCUGGACGACGAGAAGAGUAAAGCCAUCCCGGAUUUGUCCACUUCCGGCAAGCUGCUGUUCAUCGACAACUACCUUGAGCGUGAGUUUGAUCUCGAGACGGUUUGGAAAGCGUGGCACGAGGAUAGUCCCGCCAACAGCCGCUCGCUCUAUCCGCCGAGCUCGCUGCAAAAAGCGUUACGCAUACUGCUCAUUCCCGAAGCACCACUCGAGCGGAAGCUUGUGCUGCUGCUGUACCUGUUCAUGGAUGUGAUAGCAGCGAUCGAUGAUGAUGAUGAACGGUUUUGCAUCGUCGCCCGUCAGCUGGAAAAAUUCCCUCGCGCGUUCAACGUGCCGAUCGGGCAGAUCGAGCGGGUGCGUGCCUUCUGGCACCUCGACCACGGCAAUGUGUCGGAAACGGUCAGCGAAUUCCUGUCGCCCCUGUCGAAUGCGAUCGAAUUCCCGCAGUGGCAUCGGGAGCUGGCGGUGUCGGUUCUGCUGCGCCUGGACGCUCCCCACCUGGCGCUGAAGGUGCUCCGUGCGCCCGGGGCGCCCGUUGCACCACAGCUCGAGCUGACCACGCUGGUGCAGAACAAUCUGAUCCCGGAAGCGUUCAGCCUGCAGCGCCGCACACCGCAACCGGACGGCCGGCAGUUUGUGUGGUUCGUGGAGGCGAUUAUGAUGGCGGGCAAGCCGGCCACCCUGCUCGAGUUCGCGCUGAACGACGAGGAGAAGUAUGUGCUGCGGAGCUAUCUGCGCGACUGUCCGGUGGAUGCGAGCGACAGUCUAAUGCUGGGCCAUCUGCUGCAAAACUUUGAGUUCGUGGAGGCGGUCCAGCUGGUCGAUCGGUUGGGCCGCAAGCGCAACGUGGAGGUGCAGAAGGAAAUACUGGGCCUGUACCAUAAUGCGCUCGAUCCGAUGAGCCAGCAGCUGGCGUACCUAACCUACCAGCACGGCAGCGAGCUGGAACCGAAGCUGGCAGUGGGAAGCGAUCCGGACAAUCCGUCCCCGGCGAGCGCGCUGGAAACGUUAAGCUCGAGCCUUAUACGCAACAGGGCCGAUUUCCGGGUGCGCGUACUGCAUCAUUCGAUAACGGCUAUUAAGGAUGCGGCCAUCCGGACGGGCCUGCGGCAUGAGCGUCCGUUUCUGGAGAAACCAAGCCUGGGCGUGUUCCAGUGCCGUCCAACGGUGCGCAGCCUGAACGUGUGCUACCCGGUACGGUUGGACCCGUCCAUGAACAAGCGCCGGCAGCGUGACUGGGACGCAUCGGAAGAGGAUCUUGCUAAGGGCCGGAACCAACCGCAACCGCUGCUGAAUGAGGAGGAUGGCUUUGGAAAUGCCAGGAAGCGGCGUUACCUUGGCCCGGAUCGUAUGGACACGAUCGCCGAAGGUGUCGGGCGCAGGAAGAUAACGAACUUUGACGUUCCCGUGCCGGUUAUUCCCGAGUUCCGGCCCAUGAAGCCGAAGUUCAACUUUACCGCCGCCAGUAGUGCGGCACUGGCGGCGGGUAUGGAGCGGGCAACUCGGUCGGACAAAUCGACCAGCCAUUCGCCGAGCAUUUUCCUCACCACGCCACCAUUUGCCAGGAAGCAGGAAUCGAAGCAGCAGCAGCAACAGAACGGUUCCGAGAUGGGCGAUCCCGAGGAAGGAAACGACGAUUCGUACACACCGCCCGGUAUCCUGAAGUCGACCCAUUCGGUACAGGGUCGGGACAGCUCGCCCCUGUCGCACGAUCACCACGGCACGGUUGCGGAAGCGGAAGAGAAAGUACUGCGCUUUGAUUUGCCCGCCGGUUCGACCACGUUCGAGGAUUCGUGCGUGGUGGACGACGCACAGCACUCCAAUGAUGGGGUGAUGGAGGUGGCCACUAGCGAUACUGCUACCACCACUCCCGUCGUACGCCGUGAUCUUGAUUUGUCGGGCAUUUCGAACGAUGACUUUUACUCGCCGGAAGUUACAAUGGAGCAGCACUGUCUGCAGCAGGUGCUGGCGGCGGGCGGACCCGCUGGACGUCGGUCCAUACAUAGGUCGCGUUCGGGCACACCGGGUGCGGGUCUGCCGGUGGUAGAGGGCGAAAGUAACAUAGCCAUCAUCAUUGAAGAUCACAUGGAAGAUGAGUGUGGUGGUUCGAGCAAGGUGGACGGCGACGAGCAACAGGAGCAGCCGGACGUAGCGAUGGAAGUGGACGAGGAAAACAGUCCGUCGAAGGAGAGUGUGUUCGUGAUCGAUGACAGUGAUGCAGAGCAAGGGAAUGCUCAGGAGGAGGAGGAGGAGGAGGAGGAGGAACAGCAAGAGCAGAAGGAUGAUGAAAUCGUGAUCCUCGACGAAGAAUCCAAUCACCGGGAGCUGCAAACCGGCUAUGAGAGUCAAUGCAUCGACACAUUCCCUCAGCAGCAGCUGCAAGUCGUCGCCGAAGACGUAGAAUCGGUGGCUGACGAGGAGCAUUUGGAACAGAUGGCGGACCGGAACGACCUGCAGGAAGAUGCGUACGACGAAGCGGACGAUGAGGAGGUGUCUGAGGAGUCGUCCUACGAGGAGGAAGACGACCUCGACGACGAAGAAGUUAGCGAUGACAAGGAUGUUGGCGGGCAGGAGGAUGAGGACAGUGUGCUGGAGGUGAUCGAUCUUAGCGACGAGGAAGAGCCAGCCGAAGCGAAUCCAGAUGAGUUUGUCUUUAGCUCUUCACCAUCCUCGUCCUCGUCGUCCUCUUCGCAGGAUGGAGAUGGCGGUAUGCCUCCACCGGGCGCGGUUGUGUCGGGUAAUGUGGCGGCCGAGCGCAACGAGAACGAAGGUGGUGACGUCGGCAAUGCAGGCGAUAGUCCCGGACGGUGGCAUUACGGGGAGCUGCAUGCCGACUCGAACGUAGCACAUCUGUACGCCGACAUCGUGGACAUCGAACAAGUGGCGACCGGUCAGGAGCACGAGCAGGAGGAACUGGCGGUCGCGAGUACCAGCCCGGACGAUAUACAGGUACCGACGACAUCGUCCUCCACCCAUCGCACCGAAGGCGGGGAAGGUUUAGCCGCAUCGGAAGCGCAUGGCGACGGUGAGGCAGAAUCGUCCGAGGUGGAAGACUUGUCGGUCCAGCAGGCCGAGGAAGCUGGAGAUGUGGUGGCCGCACGCGAUCUUUCCGUUGCCGGAGGCGAGCAGUGGCCGGACAGUGUGGCCAGUUCGAGCUCGGGCGAACGUGCAGCGGCUGUUGCUGCUGCUGCUGCAGCUGCUGCACCAGCCCAGCCGGCACCGGCGGCCAGUGCUGCCGCACCGAGCGCAACGCCGACCGCAUCAUCCCCUGCAGCGCAAACCCAAACUGCCACAACGCCGGAGAAAGUGUUCGGGCAGCCGAAGAACGCACACGAGCUGGAGGUGCCGGCGAUGAAUCUGUCCGUCAAACCGGACGAAGCGCACGGUUCCAGUCGCAAAAACAGCAAAGGAGAGGAGAACGGACUGACGGAGGAUGCUCGGGCGUUGAAUCUGUCCGCUGGGCAGCAGGAACUGGCCGCACAGGGAGCGUUCGAUGCGGACGAUGGGAAUGUGAGCAGCAACCAGGAGGAAGAGCAACAGGACGGGCAACAGAGCGCUGCUGGCGAGGGAGAGGACGGUGCAGCUUCCAGUGCGGUGCAGGAAGCACACUCUUCCGAUGAAACGAAGCCGGAGCCAAUGGAAAGCGACGAGAUGGAGGUAGAUCUGCGUGUAUCGGAUGAUGAAGCGGCGCCGAAGCAAGCGCCCACUGAUGAAGGGGAAACCGUUGACGAAACUAAAUCAGAAAAGCAAGACAAUGGUCAGUCCGCUGGCGUAGUUGAAGCUUCCAAACCGGUGGCACAUAAAACCGUCCAUCAGGACGAUCAGGAAGCAUCCACCUCGACGCCUCGCACGAACGUCAAGACCCGGCUAAUGGCCGCGAUGGAAAAAUCGACCACACUCGUCGAACAGUCCAACACGCCGACGCGUCGCCGUAGCGUUCGUGCCACGUCCGUCGCGCCGGAAUCAACGAACACUCCCAUUUCUCCACUACUUUCGCGCAGCCGCCGGUUCACCUCCGUGGACAAUCUGUCCGGUACGCCGGAACCGACGCUACCGCUCACACCGCGCCGGUCGACGCGCGGUUCGUCCAUGGUAAAGGAGCUGUUUGCCGCCGGGCUUACGCCCCAAAAACGAGCACGCCGUGCAUCGCAUGCCUCCAACGACACCGGCGAGCAUCCCGAUUCGCUUGCGAACAGUCCGACCGAUUCGGUGGUAGAACCACCGGAACCGUCGGAACGAUCGUUUGCCAGCUCCACGGCUAGCAGCACGCGGCGCGCACUGCGCGCCCGAAAAUCGACCCUUCCACCGCCGACAACAGAUUCGGGCGCAGCGGGGUCGUCCGACACACAGCCGGCCGAUGUUCCACUGCUUGCCGAUUACUCCUCGAACCGUCGGCUAACGCGCCACCAGCUGGCAGUGAUGGAAAAGUCCAUGGAAACGAUCGCCAGUGGGGCGGGCACUUCGCGCCGCGUGUCGGUGGAUCGUAGAAGUAGCCGGGCUGGUUCGAAGGAUACGGCCCGGGAAGCGGCAACCGAUGCCGGGGACAGUGAGCCCGAAUCGAUCGUCUCGAACGUGAGCAAUCAGUCGUCGCUGCGGUCGACCCGUUCGCGGGCAAGCCGUGCCACGACGACACGCUCCAAGCGGGGCAGCAGCUCCAAACGGAACGAUGCGGAUGAGGAGCGGCACGCCGAUUCCGACUCCGAUCAGUCGUUGGUGUACGCGAGCAGUCAACGUUCCGCCAUGGGGUUGGAACCGAUAUCCGAGGAAGGUGAAUCGAAUACUACGCUCACCGCACGCAAGCGUCGCGGACGGCCACCGAAGAGCGCGAAGUAGUUGCUCCCCGGUUUGCUUGCAAGGAAGCAACCGCUAGCAAUGCCGUUUGGGCAGGAGAUAUAGCGGAGUAGCUGCGGAGGUCCGUUUGUCGGUGUAUAGGAUUUAUGUAUAAAAUUGUUGAGUGUCCACAUCACUGUAGGGCGGACUUCAUCUUUUGUUGCAAUUAGAAUAAAUGUGUUUCAUUUUCAUACUCGUACUUUUUUACGUCUUUGGCAAUCUUUUUUGUUUUUUUUUUUAAUCUGGUUGUUGUCCGCCUACGACGAAUUGGUCGGUCGGUCAAUGGUUGCUUCUUUUCUUAUUAGGCUGAACAACUGUUGUCGGGGCCAAGGCCUGCUGAUGAUGUACCACUACUACUGGGCUUUGACUUAUUGAUGACACAUAGCAGGAUAGUCAGCCCCCCACGACGGGCAUGCUGUUGAGUCGUGUUGACGAGUUGACGACUGUGCCACCAGACCGCACUCUUGCUUCUCAAUUAUUAAAGCAACUCAUCUUGGCUUUACAAACAAAAUAAAACACGCACUGUUUUGCUUUUUUCCGUAUCCUUGUACAUGGAAAUAAAAAUGGACCACCAAAGGUCGUGGAGCGUAAGAGGAUGUGUAAGUAGGGAAAGGGGUAAGCGUGUAACUAGAACACCGAUAGGAGAGAGGAGAAGAGAGAAAGACCCUGAUCUGGUGAAGAAGGAAAGAGAAACAUGUUUGGAUACAAUUUAUUGCCUUUCUAUACGAAUUUUCUUUUGUUUUAUGCAUACUUAUAAUGUUGGUGUGUGUAUAAGAUAGUUUAAAAAAUAUAAACCACAGUAGAGCAAUACAUAGUUGAAUAAAUUACCAAUUACGUACGAGUCCGUACUUUCCGUCCUGAUCUUGUGGCGUUUUUUUUUUUUUUUUGCUGACACACACA